AAUUUGGAAACACUGAACCGGCAUGCUGUUGCAAUUAAUUUUGAGGCGCAACUUCGAUUUGUGGGAACUUCUGACUGAAUACGUUAGAAAGUAAUGAACGAAGUUAAUGUUUCACCACCGAUCGACGAUCUAGCUGAAAAACUCCCGAAAUACUGCCACUUCUUCAAACAUUUGCUAGUCGAGGAGUUGGCACUCGAGUCCGAUUACAGGCAGAUUCAUUACGGCAAAUGUGCUGUUAUUGGUCGUUUAUCUGCAAUUCCGGAUUAUUUUCGGCUGGAGAACGUAACAGUACCUCACCUGCCAAGUGACUACAAGUUGCCGACUGGAGCGGUGUCUUUGCUGCUGCUAAAUUUCACCUACGAUAAAUCUGGCGACAAAAGUCUGGCGCAUGGUAGCUAUUGCAUUGUCCGCGGUGAAAUUGUGCUCUGUAACGUUCAGAAGGCAAACAGUGAAGCUCUGACCAUUCGAGGCUUGCACGAACAAUUGUAUCUACUUGGCGAUAGAGAGGAAGCACGUUCCCAAUUCCUGGAGCAGAUACACACAACUCACAAGCCGGCGCUUAAUGUCUGGAACACGCGUCGCAUCGAUCAGGCCGAGCAGUUGAUUCAACGUCGACUGGAGAUUCGAGUAGUAUGCAACGAAAACCAUAUCAAUAGCUUAUGAGAUGAACUCGCACUAUCUAAGCACAUCGCGAAGC